UUUCCAGUUUGGGGAGGUUUGUUUCCAAUGUCCAUCCCAACAUCAUCAUCAUCAGCAUCAUCAUCAUCAUCCUCAGCUCGGCAGUCUGCCGCCAAGGUCGACUCGCUGCUGGCCACGAGCAUGUUCCCUGUCAGUCCGCCGGGCACCGUCACGCUCUGCGAGUCAGCCGGCACCAUGCUCCACGAACGCGUCUCGAGCAACUGGCGAUCCGAGGCUGGGUCGACCGGCGCAUGGCUGCAGCGACGCCUGCACCAGCACGAUGGCAAUGGCAAUGGCAGCGGCGAUCGCACGAGUCCCAAUGCUGCUGCUGCUGCUAACCGUGCUACAGACACCACUACUACUACUACUACUGCUCCUACUACUGCUGGCGAUGGGAGUGCGCGGCCAAAGAGCUCCAUGGUGAUGGUCGGGCUCAGCUCGGCCCAGUCUGGCCUCUCAGGCACAAGCAGCCAGAUCGACGUCGGGUCCGUUGAGAUUCUGCCGCAGUCGGCAGCCAAAGACGCGCGCACAGUGUUCUCGUCGCCCUUCCUCAAGCCGCGGAGCAACUCGAUGGCUGCGUUUGCGCACUGCUGGUACGAGCGCGGACUCGCGUUUGCCAUUGAAGACGUCCUCGUGCCGUCCACGCUCGGAUCGUCGUCUGUGAAUGCAUCGGGACGAGCUGGCUCUACUACUUCCACUGCUGCUGCUGCUGCUGUUGCUACAACUGCUGGUGCUGGGAGUGCGGCUGCUGGUGCCAACUCCAACUUGACCCAGGCUGCCCUUUUGUUUGCGCGCGCAGUGCGAUUCCUCUUCCCAAGCUCGCAGCCGCUCUCCACAAACGAGCUGGCUUGUCGCUAUAUGCCUGCCGGCUGGCUUGAUAGCUCGCUGCGCGCCCUGGCGUGGCACCAACACCUUCCCCGCCUCGCCGUCGCGGACACGAACGACAUUGUUUACUUGUUUGAUCGUUCGCCGUCCAACGGCUCGUCAGCGCCAGCAGUCCCGUCCUUCCGACAAGCUGGCUCUGGCGCGGACAGCCCGUAUGCCGCUGGAUCCAAUUCCCAACAGCAGAGCAGCGCUGGACGCUGGCAACAGCGCGGACUGCGACACCCAAACCAAGUCGAUGUGACCUGCAUGGCGUGGCGACCGCUCAGUGGCGUCCAUGUUGCUGUCGGAUGCCGCAACGGCAUUGUCCUGUGGAAUGUGCCGGCCCCUUCUGUGGCCGCGAAUGCCGGAACGGCGAUCGCGUCCGCCCACCGCGUCGCCUCCGCCACCGUGCUCACGCAUCCCGGCCACCUCUCCGUUCUUGCCCUGGCGUGGAGCCCCGAUGGUCGGCUGCUUGCUUCGGGCUCGGCGGUGGACACUGCCAUCGUGAUUUGGGACAUGCAUCUCGACGGCGCAUCGUGCACUCCCAUCCGUCGCUACGACGGCGCAGGCUGUGGCAACCUCUCCUGGUCGCCCGAUGGAAACUACCUGUUUGCUGCGACGAUCGGCAACGCCGUUCGUCUCUGGAACACGCGCGAUUGGACUUGUCAACGCUGGGUCACUGCUGGCGGGCGUUGCCAUACCUCGGCGUGGCUCAGUGACAGCUCGACAGUCUUGUUCGGCAUCGAGAACGACUGGGGCCUGUACUCAAUUGCGCAAUCCAAAAUCGUCAACGAAGGAGUUCAGUGCGGAAUUGAAGAAAACUUCUCCUUGGCUACCGUUCCCACUGCAGAUGGCUCGACAAGAUCAUUUGGCGGCAACAUUCAGUCCAUUUCGCUUGAUCCUCACAGCUCGCGUCUUGUUGUGUCGUUUGCGCCACCACCAAAAUCUGCUGCUUCACCGGCGACCUCGCGCUUGCCAUCACAAAGCGUGGACAGCGAUGAUGACGACAAUAACGACAGUGCCCCAGGUAGCGUUGCGGAAGCCGCUGCAGCCGCUCUGGUGUUGCGUGUCCGCACCACGCCCAUUUUGCAGUUCACCUUAAGCGGUAUGAUCCAAGGGCCCCCGCGGGCAGAAACGCCCCAAUUCCAUGCCUUCUUCCCUGGCUAUGAAGGCGGAUCUCUGUUGGCUGUGAACUGGUUGCUGGGCGGCCAAGACAAAGGCAUUGCGGCCAUUUCGCUUGUUCCUUUCAAUUAUGUGCCUGAGGGUGUGUUUGAGAAUAUGCGUGGUGCCAUGAACAAGAUCAAAACGCUGAAGUGGUAGAGCGUCAACUGUAGUGAUUGGGUUUUUUUCUCCCCCUCGACUCUGUGCUGUGCUACGGCAAUAAGACAAAAAAAGGCUUGUACCCAACAAAGUGUAUUUCAUCAC